AUGUCCCAACAGCGGCGUACUCAUGACGACGCUGGGUCAACGCGUCCGAGUGGCUCUCGUCCGAGAGGAGUCAUUCAAUGGAACGAGGGCGACGUUCGCAAUCACAAUGACUACGAUGUGGAUAUGAACAUGUAUGACAAAGAUGGGCACGACGCUUUCAUGGACAAGUAUCAGGCAACUAGGAUCACCAUCACCGACCACCACCCCAGUUCUCGAAUUUCCAAUAUUAUGGCCACCAUCCACGACAGUAUGCACCAUCUGACUUUGGUGGAAGAGGCCGUGGCGUCCGCCCCCAAUAUCGAGGACAUGCUCGUCCGUAUGACUCUAAUGGCUACUAUGGCCGAGGAAACGAAGGAUUCGCUGGGUAUGGCACUCGCGGGGUUGGACGGGGGCAUUCAGAGGCUGGCGAUGAAGAGCGACUCACAGAGGGUGGCGGACAUCGGGAGUUGGUGCACAUUCAUGUGGAUGUUUCUGUCAUGCAGGGUUUUGUGGUACUUAGUACUCUUCGGUGCUGGUCACAGGAUAUAUUGGUAG